GGAGAUAAUGUCUGCGUCAAGGAACGAAACAAGCGUCCCGAGGUUAUCGCUGAGCCGACAACACCGGAAUUCCAAAGGCAGCUUCAGGAGGCCGCUUCAGCGCUUGUCUUUGUUCAGAGUGCCGCCACAGAUCUUGUGACCAUAGGGUUCAAGUCGAAUGGGUGGAAGCAGGCAAGAUCAGGCAACUCGCAGAUGCUCGGUGAGGACAGCGCCAAGCGCCUCUCAAAGCCAUUCGAACCAAGGGGCGGGCAGACCAGACGAUCGAAUGGCGGUGAUGUGACGGAGGGCCCAUUGAUGCCGUCCAAGCUGCAGGUGGAUUGGCCGAUGCGGGAAACCCGAAAGUGA